UAAGAAGCAGCCGCAGAAACGGUGUGAAGCGGCGCGAGGCUCACGAUUCCCGCUCCCGAUUCGCGAAGCCCGUGUCCUGGCUUUAGGUCGGAGCGUUACGGGCAGACCGUUACUGCCCGAUUGCCCGGGCGACGCCGGGCCUCGGUAGCGCGUUCCUGCGCCGCACGUUCUCCCGCUGAUGCGCGAGCACUGAGAUAGAAUAGAAACGGCUCGAAGCUUGAGGUGUGUCCGGCGCUGGCGCGCGACCUGCCGCGCGGGGGGGAACAUGGAGCGCUCGCGCCUGUGGCUCCUUCUUUGUGUGAUGACCGUGUGCUCCGAGCUCGGGAUGUGUAACAGACACGGUUGCCUGUUUGAGAAGAGGCUGUGCACCAGGGACCAGCGUUGCUCGGAUGAUGGACUGUUCGGGCAGUGCCAGGCCCCCGGGCAGGAGCGGGUACAGUACCAGGUGUCCGUUCCUGUUCUCCAGAGGCUGCAGGAAGUGCUGAAACAGCUGAUGUUGCAAGGCCUCUCCUGGCAGGAUGACAUCACGCAGUACAUUAUUACGAAGGAAUUGAGCCGCGUUCCCCAAAGCCGCACCCCCGCCGGUCUUCGAGAGCCCCCUCAGUCCCAAGCCUCGCCGCACUCAGAAAAGUAUUCUACCAAGCUGGCGUAUCCAAGCCCCAAGUCCCGACCCAGUGUGGACCAGCUGAGUCCUGCCAUGGUGCAACGCUACCUGGACUACAUGAUUCUAGAGGACCCAGCCCAGGAUUCCCACCACAUGCAAGCCCCCCUAAUGGAUCCCUAUACUUACCGCCAGUAUGGAUACCAGGAAGAAGAGGAGCGCUCCCUGAACUCUUUGGGCGGAGGGGCAUAUCCACAUAUGUCCUUGCAGUCCCGAAAGGACAGGUCACGCGCAGGGGACAGAGACCGGCAGCUGCUCCAGGACCUGGUGUCUCUGUACCUCUCGUCCUCACCGCCGUCCACCCGCCACCGGGUGGCACCAGCUAUCCGCACGUCGCAAUUCUACGACGAGCUGAACUUCCCUUUGGACUAUGCGGAGGACUACAUAACUCAGGAGGAGGUUUUCAGGCAGCGGCAGCACAAGAAGACCCCAGCGGAUUACAGCACGCUGUCCGAGCUGGAUGAUGCCACCUUGCAGAGGGUUGCUGGUCUUCUGGAGAAGUCUGGGAUUGACUUGAGGGAUCUCACCUUGGAGCAGCUCAACACCUUGUCUGCUGCCCUGAAGUUGCUGCAGUCUAAAAGCUCAGAUCAGCGCGAAGAAGGUGCGGGCACUAAGAAGAAGCCAGAGCUGAUGGAGGCUUCCAUGACACACAAGGCUGAGCCGGCUCCCAGGCCCGCCGUGCCUCCGGCUUCGGUCCCGCAGCAGCCACCUGCUACGAGUGCUCCGGCGAGCCUGACGACAGCUGUUACGGUCGGUGUGAAUAUGACUGCGCAACGGGUCACCGAGGAGCCGGGGGAUGCGGAGCCAAAGGAGACGACCUCGGCGAGCCCCGGCGUCCAGCCCACGGUGCACGCCGGACCGCCCGUCCGGGAGGAGUACGGCUACAUCGUGACCAACCAGAACCCGCUCAGCUUGUUCGACGGGGUGCGUCUGCUGGAAACCCUGGCCGAGAGGAUCCACUUGACCACCAGCACCUUCAUCAACAUUAGCGUGGUGGGUCCGGCCCUGACGUUCCGGAUUCGACAGAACGGCCAAAAUCUCAGCGCGGACGAUGUGGCCGAGAAAGCUGUGGCAGAGAAGAGCUUCCUGGAGUCUGCGACGGGUCUGAAGAUCCUACAAACAGGUGUGGGAGAGAGGAGUGACGGUCGAGGGGCGCCCACGGCGAUGCGGGUUCGGGACAGUUCGCGCUGGGUUCUCCUCACCUUGGUGGGCGUAGCAUGCGUGGGCGGAAUCCUGGUGGCGGCGUUCACCAUCGCAUGCCUGCGACACCACGCCCGCCACUUGGCCUCUGGGAAGCUGGGGCUCGGACCAGAGGCGGGCGCUGACACGCAUUACGACUACCAGGAACUGUGCCGUCAGCACAUGGCUGCCAAGUCCUCUUUCGGCCGGCAGGACGCGGGGGCCGCAGGAGGUGGGGGUGGAGCUGGAGGCGGUGGAGGCGGUGGGGGUGGCACCGACACCUCCAGAGUGAGCAGCGUGUCCUCCCAGUUCAGCGAUGCCCCCCAGCCGAGCCCAAGCUCCCACAGCAGCACCCCAUCCUGGUGUGAGGAGCCCGCACAGUCCAACAUGGACAUCUCCACCGGCCACAUGAUCCUGGCCUACAUGGAGGACCACCUGAAGAACAAGGACCGUCUGCUCAGAGAAUGGGAAGCUCUGUGCUCGUACCAGGCUGACCCCAGCUCCGUCUCCACCGCCCAGAACGAGAGCAACAUCAAGAAGAACCGCAACCCCGAAUUUGUGCCCUAUGACCACGCCCGCGUGAAGCUGAAGUCCGAGAUCAACCCCUCCAGGACGGACUACAUCAACGCCAGCACCAUAAUUGAGCAUGACCCUCGAAUGCCUGCCUACAUCGCCACCCAGGGACCCCUGACACACACUAUUGCUGACUUCUGGCAGAUGGUAUGGGAGAGCGGCUGUACCGUGAUCGUGAUGAUGACAGCUCUGGUCGAGGACGGAGAGAAGCAGUGCGAGCGCUACUGGCCGGAUGAGGGCUCCUCCCUUUACCACAUUUACGAGGUGAACCUGGUUUCGGAGCACAUCUGGUGCAACGACUUCCUGGUGCGCAGCUUCUACCUGAAGAACGUCCAGACGCAGGAGACCCGCACCCUGACACAGUUUCACUUCCUGAGCUGGCCGGCUCAGGGCAUCCCGACCUCCACGCGCCCCCUGUUGGACUUCCGCAGGAAGGUAAACAAGUGCUACAGAGGCCGUUCCUGCCCAAUCAUUGUGCACUGCAGCGAUGGCACCGGGAGGACAGGAACCUACAUCUUGAUUGACAUGGUCCUCAACCGCAUGGCUAAAGGAGUGAAGGAGAUUGACAUUGCUGCUACCCUGGAGCAUAUUCGUGACCAGAGACCUGGGAUGGUGCGCACAAAGGACCAAUUUGAGUUCGCCCUGACCGCUGUGGCUGAGGAGGUCAACGCCAUUCUCAAAGCUCUGCCCCAGUGAGCUACCACUCACCCUGUCCCGCUCAUGCCAAAUUAUCUCCACUUGCACUCUUCAUAUCUGUUCUCCUCUCCCUCCGCAUAUCCAGACAAGCACGGUCACAAGGGCUGUCUGCAGAAUAUCAGGGGAAACACCUCCCAGCUGCUUUCUUCCUUCAAAUAAUAAAUAAAACUUACAUUUUGGGAUUCCUUAAAAGUUUCCUCCCAAUUGGGAUGACAUGCUGUAUUUCCAGGUAACCAGAGCGACUAUGCCUCAGGGCACUUCAUUUUUUGUUGCUUUGAAAGCCUCCAUAUAUAUAUAUAUAUACACUUCGCCAGGAGCUCCUUGAAGAAGAAAUCAGAUAAAACCUGGGUUUGUACAAAUUAAAGGGUACAAACCCAGGAUUUCACCAGCUUAUUUCUCAAUUUCCCUACUCACAGUAAAGAACUACCCCCUCUUGCCAGUGUCUUUCAGGUACUCUGGUCUGUUUGUGGUCUUCUCAAGGCGCUCAAUCCAGAAUCACAAAUACUUUGCCCUUUAGUUCUGUCGACAGGUUAUUGCCUUAUAUUUUUAAACGAGCUCUCCUUGUUAACUGCACCUCCUGGAAUGCACUAGAUUAAUUCUUAGCCCAGUUUCACCACGCAGGGUAAACUAUACUUCUCUGGCUUUGGUGUGCUGCUUUGGGUGUAUUGGCAUUAUUUUUCCUCUUCAAUAGAGUUGCCACACCUUUGUAUCUGGUAAACAUCCUUUUCAGGGGUCAGUAAAUUCUCUUUACCCACUGUUGGGAAGCGAGACAAAACGAAGAUGGUGGAAUUGCUCCAGCAAGAGCUGAAAGAGUCCAGUAGUGCGUUGCGGGUUGCAUGAGUGGACUAGCUUGUGGCGAAGUGCCCGAGUUUGCUACGCCUCCCUCCAGCAAAUUGUUGAGCAAGCGUGUUAAUAAUUGUUAUCGUUGUUCACAUUUGGCUUUUAGGUCACCUAAAGAUGAUUCUAAUUAACUACAAACCUAUUUUUCUUAAAUGCAAUGUUCAGUAUUUAUAAAGUUAAAAAAAAAAAUACCAGCAGGAGAAAACUGUGUCCAAAGUCCUGUUGGACAUACUUUUGUUCAGAUUGCUAUGUGAAACCUAAGAAGGUUCCUCAGGCAACACUGCCUCACUGAGAUUACAGACAGGAUGUGGUAGUGGGAGGUGGGAAAUAACUGAAUUGAAAAAAUAGAAUGCAGCAGAAUCGAGUACAUGGAUUAAGGAGAUAAAGGGAGAUGGGCAUUCUGGCAAAAGGUGAAAACUGGUUUGGGCACAAGGUGAUGGUAGAUGGAAAGUGGGAAGGUAGUGGUGGGAGUAUAUGGUGCAGGAGAUAGGUUGUAAAUGAUGCGGAGGUCCCUUCUGACAGCUGGAUCACCUCCUGUCUCCAGCCACUCAUAGUCAGGUGUAGACAUGUCUUGUGUUCUCUGUUCCUGCCUCCCCAACACAGGUGCUUGACUCAUAUCGAACUGUCCUCAUUACGCUGAAUGACUCAUCUAGUGACACUGUAUUCCUGUAGCAAAUGAGAAAACUUUAAAAAAAAAAAAUUAAAUUGUAUUGAAAAAUUAUUUAUUUUGUAAUUUCAUGUGAUGAAUAAAGUUUGUGAGGUGAUGCAACUGCAUAACGAGCACUUGGUUUUGUCUUUAACAUGACCUGUUACUAUGCUGAUAUACAGUCAGUGAGCAUGAGCUCUACUCAUAGUCAAAUGCCAUCCAGUCCUGUGAAUGUUUCAUGUGCAUCAUGAACCUCCAACAUAGGCAAGGAACCUGGGUUUUAAUAUUUUUACUUUUUCUGUUCUUUCCAAACAGUUUUGUAACACUAGUCAGUAUGUCAGCUGCAGCUGUGCUUGUUACUUUGUUUUAAGUCCUCAUACUCAUGCCUUAAUGAAUGGUAAGAAACCCACGCCUUGUCUUGGAGCGCAACUGUUUUAGCCUAGUAUGUCAAAAACAGAUGAUGCAAGUUAUAAAGCUAAAAAAGUUCCAGUUUUACAGCUUAUAAAUAAACGCACACACAGACACACACCCAACCAUUAAAUACAUUAUUGCAAUAAUCGUUUCCCCCUUCAGUUUUCCAAAUAAAACUUUGAAAAAUGUCCAUCAGCAGGUCAGGUCUGAGUGGCAGGGGACAAUUCACGUGGGGUUCUGCCUGCCAGGAGCAAACAGACAUCAAUGUAUCAUCGGGACCACUGGGGGGGGGGGGG